AUGGAAAACCCUCUGAUACCGUUCGGACGCGCCUGGUGGAAGGAAGCGGUUGUCUACCAGAUCUACCCCAUCUCUUUCUUCGACUCGAAUGGAGAUGGGAUUGGCGAUCUCAACGGGAUAGCGUCCAAACUUGACUAUCUCAAGGAUCUAGGUGUGGAUGUACUAUGGUUGUCCCCUAUCUACAAAUCUCCUCUUGCGGAUAUGGGAUACGAUAUCUCCGACUAUCAGGAUAUCGAUCCUAGAUAUGGCACUCUGGAAGAUUGGGAUAAUCUCCUCAAGGGUGUGCACGACAGAGGCAUGAAACUGAUAAUGGACCUGGUUGUAAACCAUUCUUCAGACCAGCACGAAUGGUUUCUUCAAUCCAAGUCCAGCAAAUCCAAUCCAAAGCGUGAUUGGUACAUCUGGAGGCCUCCCAAAUACGAUUCAUCAGGGAAUCGACAACCUCCCAACAAUUGGAAGGCUGUUUUCCAAGGAUCUGCUUGGGAGUUUGACGAAACCACCCAAGAGUACUAUCUCCACCUGUACCUACCCCAACAGCCAGAUCUCAAUUGGGAUAAUCCCGAGAUGGAUGUGAUCAAUAUCAUAUCCAAAACGGACGGUUUGCCGGAUGCUCCAAUCAUCGCUCCCGGCGAGCCAUACCAACCCGCCGGUACCUUGUUUGCGAAUGGUCCUCGAGUCCAUGAAUACAUCAAGGAAAUGAACACCAAAGUUCUAUCCAAAUAUGACAUCCUGACCGUUGGAGAGACCCCUUUUACACAUGAUGCCUCGCAUCUAGCCCGAUACGUGCUCCCUGCCAACAAAGAGCUCAACAUGGUGUUCCAGUUCGAACAUAUGGAGCUCGACACACCACUCAUGGGCGAUGACGAUGUUCCUCUUCUGUACAAGUCGUGGAAGCUCACUCAGAUGAAGGAGAUCAUCACCCGCUGGCAGCAAUACAAGCGCGAUGAAGGCUUCUGGAAUGCAGCAUACACGGAGAACCACGAUCACGCUCGGUCCGUAUCGAGGUUCGGGAACGAUUCAGACCAGUGGAGAGCUCUAUCUGCAAAGUUACUCGGUAUGCUUCAGGUGAUGCAAGGUGGGACGCAGUUCGUGUACCAAGGGCAGGAAUUGGGCUUGAAGAACUUCCCUCGCUCCUGGGGGCUCGAAGAAUACAAGGAUAUCGCGACGCAGAAUUUUUGGAGCAAGACGUUGAAUCAAAGGAAAGCGUCAUCCGACGGGCCAGUCGAUAUGGAAGACGUGUUGGAUAACUUUGCCAAGAAGGCUAGAGACCAUGCUCGUGUUCCAAUGCAGUGGGACUUGUCUCCCAAUGCCGGCUUUACGAGGGGUACCCCGUGGAUGAGGGUGAAUGAGGAUUACCAAACGUGGAACGCCCAGAGUCAGACCGGAGACGACACCAGUGUUUUCGCCUUCUGGAAGCGGCUUUUGAAACUGAGAAAAGGGAACCAGACCUUGAUCUACGGGACGUUUGAAGAUGUCUCUGAAGGGUCAGAGAAAGUCUUUGGUUUCGUUCGUGCCCUCGGAGACUCGUGGUAUUAUGUCGUUCUCAACUUUGGCGAGGAAGAAAUCACCUUCACUCCAAAGGACGGUCAAGGGCGUGCUUGGUCUGCUCUAAAGGUUGUGUUGGGCAAUUAUGAUGAGGCUCCAACACUGAAGGCAAAUGAUGGUACGGCUCACCUUCGGGGCUGGGAAGCCGUAUGCUACGAGGCCUAG